AGUUGAGACAAAAGUUAGCUGAAUGAAUGAGAGGAGAGAUAAAAAGACAAAAAGACAACAACUUUAGUCUAUAAUUUCCUGUAAACAUUAGAAAAUAUAUUCCUAACGUAUUAUUGGAGAUAUUUAUUAGAACCCAACCCAAAUGUGUUGAGAAAGAUGAAGCUCUUCUUCUGUGCAAUUGUGCUGCUAUGGGCAUCCUCCGCGGACUGCCAGCAAAGAGGUCUCUUCCCUGCCAUCCUCAACCUGGCCAGUAAUGCAGAGAUCACCACCAACGCCACCUGUGGAGAGCCUGAGCCAGAGAUGUACUGUAAGCUGGUGGAACACGUACCAGGACGACGCAUCCGCAACUCCCAGUGUCGGACCUGUAAUGCCCAGAGUCAAAACCCCAAAGAGCAACAUCCAAUCACCAAUGCUAUUGACGGCACCAAUGGGUGGUGGCAGAGCCCAAGCAUAAAAAAUGGCCGCCAGUUCCACUUGGUGACCAUCACUCUGGAUUUACGACAGAUUUUCCAGGUGGCCUACAUCAUAAUCAAGGCAGCCAACUCCCCUCGUCCCGGUAACUGGGUGCUGGAGCGUUCAAUGGACGGUGUGGAGUACACACCCUGGCAGUACUACGCCAUCAGCGACACAGAAUGUCUGACCCGCUACAACAUCACCCCCCGCUUCGGACCCCCCACCUACAAACGAGACGACGAGGUCAUCUGUACCUCCUACUAUUCACGUCUCGUACCCCUGGAGCACGGAGAGAUCCACACGUCUUUGAUCAACGGGCGGCCCAGUGCUGACCAACUGACCCCAGAGCUGCUAGACUUCACCUCAGCCCGCUACAUCCGGCUGCGCCUGCAGAGGAUCCGCACGCUCAACGCCGACCUCAUGACCCUCAGCUACCGUGACCCUAAGGAGGUGGACCCCAUCGUCACCAGACGGUACUACUAUUCCAUCAAGGACAUCUCAGUGGGCGGGAUGUGCAUCUGUUACGGCCACGCCCAGAGCUGCCCCUGGGACCCCGUUGCCAAGAAGUUGCAGUGUGUGUGUGAGCACAAUACGUGUGGGGAGAGCUGUAAUGAGUGUUGCCCCGGCUACCACCAGGAACCGUGGCAACCGGGAACCCUCUCCAACGGCAACACAUGCGAGAAAUGUAACUGCCACAACAAGGCCGAGGACUGCUAUUACAACCAAACUAUGAAUGACCACAAGAUGAGCAUGAACUCGCAUGGACACUUCCAUGGCGGGGGUGUGUGUAUCGAUUGUACCCAGAACACGGCCGGUGUCAACUGUGAGACCUGCGCAGAUGGCUUCUACAGACCCCACGAGGUGUCGCCCUACAGUGAGAACCCAUGUGUGGAGUGUGGCUGUGACAUGAGGGGGUCUUUGACUCCUGCCUGCAUCAGAGAUGACAACCACGCCAAGCUGGAGAAAGGUCUGAACCCAGGGCAGUGUCUGUGUAAAGAGGGCUUUGUGGGUGAGCGCUGUGAACGCUGUGCCUUUGGCUACAGGGACUUCCCCCUGUGUUCGCGCUGUGAGUGCAGUCUGGAAGGCAGCCUCAACAUCGACCCCUGCACAGAGUGCAUCUGCAAGGAGAACGUGAUGGGGGCCAACUGUGACCUGUGCAAGCAGGGUUUCUACAACCUGGAGGACCGUAACCCUGAGGGAUGCACAGAGUGUUUCUGCUUCGGUGUGUCUGACGUGUGUGAGAGUUCACCCUGGUCUUUGUUUCAGACUGUUGACUCCAAUGGAUGGCUCCUUCCUACCCAAAGCGUCUCCAUCUACACGGCACCCCUCACUGAUGACGACAACAACCUCAUUGUCCCCAGCAUCGCCAUGAUCCAGUCAUACCGUUUUGUGUCUACCUGGGCCGCUCCGGAGGGCUUCCUGGGGAACAGGCUGACAUCAUAUGGAGGGCUUUUAAACUACACUGUGGCCUAUGAUGUUUCUGUGGACAAUGUGGACAAUUCUCUGCCAUCACAGUUUGAUUUGAUUAUUGAGGGGAACGGGAGAACCCUGCGUCAGACGCCCCCCAAGCAGCUCUUCCUGACGCCCCUGCGGGAGCAGCUUGUUUCUGUGGAGCUGCUACCGCAGGGCUUCGUAGACCUACACACAGGCCAGAGGGUCGACAGGGACGAGCUGAUGACCGUAUUGGCGGACUUGGCCGGACUGAGGAUCAGAGGCCACCUCAAUGCCAGCGCAGAGGGGGCACUCAGGUUGAGCACCGUAUCUCUGGACAUGGCAGACAUCAGGGCUGCUAACCCAGUCCAGGCCCGGGAUGUGGAGCAGUGUGAGUGCCCCUGGGGCUACUUGGGCACAUCCUGUGAGUUCUGUUUAUCUGGAUUCUAUCGCGUCGGUGGGAUCCUGUUCGGAGGUAACUGUCUCCAGUGUGAGUGUAACGACCACGCUACAGAAUGUGACAUCAACGGAGUCUGUCUGGACUGUACUCACAAUACCACUGGGCCCCACUGUAACCAAUGCCUUCCCGGUUACUAUGGCGACACCUCAGAGGGCACCCCAGAGGACUGCCAGAGAUGUGCCUGCCCACUGAUAGUGGCGACGAACAAUUUCAGCCCCACCUGUCUCCUGGAGGGCCCUGGACAGGUGACAUGUGACCAGUGCCAGCAGGGCUACACUGGGACUAAGUGUGAGAGGUGUGCUAAUGGUUACCAUGGCGACCCGACUGUGGCAGGCAAGGAGUGUGUGCUGUGUGAGUGUAACGGAAACGUGGACCCCUGGGACCCGGGCCACUGUGACACCAGCAGCGGUGUGUGUCUGAAGUGUCACAGCCACUCCAGCGGAGACCAGUGUGAGAGGUGUGAGGACGGCUACUAUGGUGACGCCAUCACUGCCAAGAACUGCCAGGCUUGCAGUUGCCAUGGAAAUGGGUCAUACUCGGCCAUGUGUGACCUGCUCACUGGACAGUGUACCUGCAAACCCAACGUAUUGGGAGAAAAGUGUGACCAGUGUCAGGUGGGCUUCCACAGUCUUCUCAGUGGACAGGGGUGCAGAGACUGUAACUGUAGCCAAUCAGGAUCUGUGUCCACAGCAUGUGAGGAGGAGGGGCGGUGCCAAUGCAUCCCAGGGGUGGCGGGGGACAAAUGUGAUCGCUGUUACCAUGGUUACUUCAACUACCAGGACAGAGGGUGUACACAGUGUGAGUGUGCCCACACCCACGGAAACUGUAAUGCGACGACAGGCAAGUGUAUCUGCCCUCCCCACACCAUAGGAGAGAAGUGUGAGUUGUGUGAGGAAGGUCACUGGGGUCACGACACUGUGGCAGGUUGUAAGUCAUGUGAUUGCAGUGAGGCGGGCAGUUCUGCCACCCAGUGUGACCUCACCAAUGGGCAGUGCCUGUGCCGCCCGGAUUUUGCCAGGCAGAAAUGUGACCAGUGCACCAUGGGCUACAUGGGCUACCCAGAAUGCACUGCGUGCAACUGCAACAUCAACGGCACCAGAGAGGAGUUCUGUGAUAAGGAACUGGGCCUGUGCAGCUGUGAGGCCCCAGGGAACUGUGUGUGCAAGGACAAUGUGGGCGGAGGAGGCUGUGAUGAGUGUAAGAAGGGAUACUUCGGCCUAUCUGGUCCUAACCCGGACGGCUGCAGCCCUUGUUUCUGUUUCGGAGUCUCCUCAGACUGCGAGGAGCUCGGUGGGAUGGUCCGUGUACCGAUCACACUGGGGUCUGACCCAGAGCUGCUGCAUGUGGUCAGUCAGCGUGACCCCCAGGGCAGUGUGGAAGGGGUCUACUACCAGGCCUCAGACAUGCUGCUGGACACCAGGGAGAAAGAAAACAUCACACUGCCUGGACCCUACUACUGGAGGCUUCCCAAACACUACCAGGGAAAUAAGUUGUUGUCAUAUGGAGGGAAGCUGUCCUACAUGGUGGCGUUCUAUGCUCUGGACGGGGCUGGCCUGGCCAACUACGAGCCUCAGGUCCUGAUGAGGGGGGGUCAUCUGGGAAAGAAGGUCAUCUACAUCGAUAUGCCUGCCCCUGACAACAGGGUCAGAACACGUCAGGACGUCCCACUGACGGAGCACAAAUGGAAGUAUUUCAACUCUGUGUCAGAGAAAGCUGUGAGUCACUCCGAUUUCUUGGCGGUCCUGAGCAAUAUCGAGUACAUCACCAUCAAGGCCUCGUAUGGUACAGGGUUGCAGCAGAGCAGAAUCUCCAAUAUCACCAUGGAUACGGCCCUAGAGGCAGAGGAGGGGUCAGAGGGUUUGGAGGUGGCAUGUCUGAUAGAGACCUGCGAGUGUCCAGCUGGCUACGCUGGACUAUCCUGCCAGGAGUGUUCCCCCGGCUACUACCGCCAACCAGUGACUGAUCUGAACCUGCGGGGGAAGAGACCCCUGAUCCAGCCCUGCGUGCCCUGCCAGUGUAACAACCACAGCCAGGCCUGUGACCUGGACACGGGAGAAUGUCUGGGCUGCCAGCACAACACAGCAGGCGAGCACUGUAACGUAUGCGGCUCUGGGUACUAUGGGAACGUGAAAGGCUCCGUCAGCGACUGCUCUCUGUGUGCCUGCCCCCUCAAAGAGAACAGUUUCAGUCCUACCUGUGCAAUGGAGGGAGUGAUGGGAGACUUCCGCUGUAACGCCUGCAAGCCUGGUUAUGAGGGACGCUACUGUGAGAGGUGUUCAGUGGGUUACUAUGGGAACCCGUCUGGUCCAGGAGGGAAAUGUGAGGCGUGUCAGUGUAGUACUGCAGGUUCUCUCCAUCUGGUCUGUGACUCUCUGAAGGGCCAGUGUGAAUGUAAGGUUGGGGUCAGGGGACAUCUGUGUGACCAGUGCGAGGCGAGACACAUCCUGGACAGGGACCAGUGUGUCUCAUGUGAUGAUGAGUGUACAGGGGUCCUCCUGGAUGACCUGGAUGCAUUAGAGAGCUCCUUCCUGUCUGUCAACCUGACCGGGGUCAUCCUGUCCCCCUACAGCACACUGGUCAGCCUGGAGAACGACACUCAAGAGGUCAAGAAUCUGAUGUCUUGGGAAAGUAGCCCAGCAUAUCACCUGAACAGGGUGGAGGAGGACUUGACAAAUCUCACCCAGGACAUAGACGGACUGCUACGGCAGGCUACAGUGCUGUCUGCUGAUGGAGAGGAAGUGGCUCAGUCCACAGAGAACAGCGUUACCCAGGGGGCCAAGUUUCUGGAGUACAUCAUCACCAUUCACACUGCCAUACAAGUCCUGGCGGAGGAAGCUGCCGGUCUGAACAGGACAGAGAACGUGGAGAAGGACGAGGCUAACAGCACACGUCUAUGGGAGCAGGUGGCGGCCAUGUUGGAAACCAUCAAAUUAGUCAACCUAUCCCAGGCCAACGCCAGCGUCUCUACAGAACUCAGUGCUACCAAGGCUCUCCUCCAGAGGGUGCUGGAGGACCUUCUGGAGCCCCAGGGGGCGAUAGAGUCCCAGACCCUCAACAUCUCUAACACCCUGACUGAACACCACCAACAGCUAGAGGAUGCCCAUGCCCUACUGAUGACUGCCAGGGAGAACAACAACCACACACACACCCUGCUGGGGAGCAUCUACACCAACCUGCCAGAGUACCAGGGUCUGAAGCAGAAUGUGAGCCGGCUUAACCAGACAGCAGAAACCCAACUAGAGGAGACUCAGGACAUCCUGGCUGAUGCUGUCAAUCUAGCAGAGGACAUGAGCAACAUCACCUCUCAGCUGGAGGGGGCCAAGGACCAGCUGGAGCUGUGGAACCCCAUGUUGAGGAAGCAUGUGGACACUCUGGUGAUGGAUCUGAGGAAGAAAGAUGCUCUGGAGCUGGUCUACAAGGCUGAGGACCACGCCCGGGAACUUAGCAAGAUGGCCCAGGGUCUGCAGAGCUCUCUAGUGGAGGUGAUGAAUACCACUCUGAACGCCACCAGCGCAGAGCAUGGCGACUCUAACAUCAGAGCUAACGUCCAGCCUGCAGAGGAGAUGGCUAACCUAGCCAACCUGACCGCUACUAUGGCCCUCAAUAUGAUUGUCCAGCCAGAGUCUUUCACUGAUCUGGGAUCUGAGGCUGUGCAGCGUAGUGAGAAGAUUCUGGCCGAGAGUCUAACCCUGAGAAACAGCACUGAGGGUCUCCUGGCUAACAUCAGUGAUGUGACAGAUAGAAUGGCCUUGCUGAAAGAGAAACUCUGUAACACCAGCCGUCUCAUCCCAGAGCAAGGCGCCCUGCUCCACAGCCUGCCCAACGGCACCAGUAAGCAGGUGCUGGACGCCAAGGAGCAGGCUGCCUUGGCGAACACUUCCCUACAGAGGGCGCUGGAGCGCCUGGAGGAGCUUCGGGUCAGACUGGAGAAGUCCAGCACGGCUGUGGCCCAGGCCAGAACUAGCAUCUCCAACACCAAUCAGCUGUUCUCCGACUCACAAUCCACUGCCAGUACAGCUGAGUCUAAGCUGAAGGAGGCAGAGAGUCGUACAGAGAGACUGUAUGACCGUCUCAAACCCCUCAAGACCCUGGGGGAGAACCUGAGCAGAAACCUGUCUGAGAUCAGAGAGAUGAUCAACCAGGCCCGCAAACAGGCUGCCUCUAUCAAGGUGGCAGUGCUGGCAGACAAAAACUGUGUGAGGGCCUACACACCUGAGGUAUCCUCCAGUAACUUCAACACUCUUACCAUGACCGUCAAGACCAGCGAGCCUGACAACCUGCUCUUCUACAUGGGCAGCAGCUCCAGCGUGGACUUCAUGGCGGUGGAGAUGCAGCAUGGCAAGGUGGCGUACCUGUGGGACGCGGGUUCAGGCCACGUCAAGCUGGAGUACCCCGACGUCCAGAUCAACAACAACAAGUGGCACCACAUCAACGCCACGCGCUUUGGGAGGCACGGCACACUGUCAGUCCACCAGCUGGAGUCAGACCCCCUGCCCGCGGUCAAGACCACCUCACCAGGCUCCGCUACGAUCCUGGAAGUCAACAAGUCCACCCUGAUAUUCGUUGGUGGCCUGGGAGGCCAGAUCAAGUCCUCUGUGGUGAAAAUGACCCAGUUUACGGGCUGUAUGGGGGAGGCGUCGCUCAACGAGAAGAACAUCGGGCUGUGGAACUACGCUGAGAGGGAGGGCCAGUGUCGCGGCUGCUUCAUGAGUCCGCAGACAGAGGAGACAUCCUUCCACUUUGAUGGCAGUGGCUACUCAGUGGUAGAGAAACCCCUCCGCUCCACCUCCACCUCCAUCGUCAUGCUGUUCAAGACCCUCUCCCCCAACGGCCUGCUGCUCUACCUGGCCUCCAACGGCACGAGGGACUUCCUGUCCAUUGAGCUGGUGGAGGGCCAAGUGCGUCUGACCUUUGAACUGGGCUCUGGCCCUCUGACCCUCACCUCCAACAAAGCCUACAACACCGGCAGCUGGUACAAGAUCACCCUGCAGAGGAACAAACGCAAAGUUUAUAUGGCGGUGAUGGCGGCAGACAACUCAUCAGAGAAAGAGAUCAUGGAGGCGGAGUCUCCUGGGACCGCCUCCGACCUCAACCGCUCCGACCUGGACCCAAUCUACAUCGGGGGACUGCCCAUGUCUCGCCCCAUCAGGAGACAAGUAGUAGCACGGUCCUAUGUGGGCUGCAUCAAAAACAUGGAGAUCGCCCGCUCCAACUUUGACCUGCUCCGAGACUCCUAUGGUGUCAAGAAAGGCUGUGUGUUAGAGCCCAUCCGCAGUGUGUCUGUACUGAGAGAGGGCUAUGUGGAGUUGCCGUCUGUGUCUCUUGACCCCCAGGGGGAGCUGUUGGCCUCCUUCUCUACCCGCAAUGACACUGGCAUAAUCCUGGCAGGCUUCAGCAAGGCAGGCACCCGCAAAAGCAGACAGGCUCGCCAGCCCUUCCUGGCAGUCAUGCUGAUUUCGGGGCGCUUGGAGGUUCAUGUCAACAUGGCAGAGGGCGGGAGCGUCCACAAGGUUGUGGUCAAAUCACGCUCUGGGAGUUUCAGUGACGGACAGGAGCACUCGGUCAUCUUGCAGAGGAACAGGAAGAUGUUGGUUGUACUAGUGGAUGAGGACCACCAGGAGAUGGUACGUCUGUCCUCGGAGAAGGCCUCUCUGACCCUCACCUCUCUGUACAUGGGCGGAGUCCCACCAGCAGAGGGCGCCGGGCUGCUCCGAACCACCUCCUCCUUCUACGGCUGCAUCAGGAACCUGGCCCUGGACUCCAAGUUGUUGGACCUGUCGGCUGCUGUGAGGUACCACAACGUGGACAUGGACAGCUGUCUAUUGGAGGAGAGGCCUAAAAGGGUCCUCCUAUCUGAUGACACUGACCUAGAUGCCGAGCCCACUCCGGACCCUGCCAGAACCCCUGCACCACUCCCCGGCCAGCUCAGCGCGCUCACCCCCGGCACACUCACGUGUGCAUCGAUGGACAACACCUCAUCCAUCCCAGAAGCACAGCAGUUUGGCAUCUCCAGACACAGUCACAUGGUCCUCAGCAUCAACCCCAACACAGUGAGGAGGAGUUUCUCUCUGGAGCUGUCGGUGCGUACCUAUACCCAGAGUGGUUUGAUCUACUACAUGGCCCACGCCAACCAGAUGGACUACGCCACUCUGCAGCUGCUGGGAGGACAUCUGUUCUUCACCUGUGACAAGGGCAGCGGCCCCGCCACCGCCACCUUCCCUGUGCCCGUCAACGACGGCCAGUGGCACACAGUGAAGACGGACUUCAAUAAGAAGAGUGUGGUUAUCAGUGUCGACGGCCAGCCGUCAACUCCAGUGCCGGCUAAAGGAAACACUCUGGAUGUGGAGAACAAGCUGUAUCUGGGAGGACUUCCCCAGAGCUACACCGCCAAGAAGAUAGGCAAUGUGACCCAUAGUUUGGCAGGCUGCAUCCAGAAGGUGUUGCUGAACAGUGUUAAGUUGAACACCCAGAGUCCAGUGUCUGAACAAUCCACUGCGCACUGCUUCACCAGAGCCCAGGACGGGACCUUCUUCAAUGGCAGCGGAUACGCUGCUCUGAUAAAGAAUGGGUACAAAGUGGGCUCAGAUAUGGAGGUGUCUCUGGAGUUCCGCAGCACAGUGUCAGAUGGAGUCCUCCUUGGGGUCAGCAGCGCCAAGGUGGACGCCAUCGGGCUGGAGCUAGCCAACGGACAGGCGGUGUUCCACGUGAACAACGGUGCCGGGCGGGUGUCGGCCACUUCGCGGCUGGCCUGGUGGCUGUGUGACGGUCUCUGGCACACCCUGCUGGCAAAGAAGACCAAGAACGCUCUGAGUCUGACCGUGGACGGAGUCACGGUGCUCACCGACAACCCCCACCCCCAGUCCACCUCGGCUGAGACCAAGGACCCGGUCUACGUGGGAGGCUUCCCUGUCGGCGUGAAACAGAACUGUCUGACAUCCAGAAUGCCGUUCCGUGGUUGUAUGCGUAACAUCCGCUUGAUCAAGGGUCACAUAACCAACAUCCUGGACUUCAGUACUGCCUUCACCCUCCAAGGAGUGUCACCCCACUCCUGCCCUAGCACCGCCACAUAACCUUGCCACAACCAUACCAGAACUUUACCAGCCAUACCAAACCAUUCCAUAUCUAACACUAUGACCCUGUGAUUUGACCAUUGAAAUUUGACCUAUGAAAUUACUUCCAUUUGUAAUGUUUUGUAAAGAAAGAUUGAAGUAAUGUUUGGUCAAUGUGAAAAUGUUUUUUUUUUUUUUAAUCAAGUCGUUUUCUGUGUUGGUGUUCAUGUUCUUUUAGUGCAUUUUGACUCCCCCAAAUUAAUUGCACAAUAGAAGGUCUUAGUUUUUAUAUGCGAUGUUCUAGAAAAUUAAUAUUUGCUAAUAAAAUACAUUUAAAAAUAUCAAUAUCAUAGUAUAUCAAAGUCAUAGUUGAUCUGUAGGCUCUAUUACUAUAGGCCUGCCCACAUAUUAUGCAGUGCAUAACACGCUUGUCAAAGCUGCUUCCAUAGCGGUCAUCCUUCUGAUGUUUUCUGUUCUAUACCAUGUCUGUUUGUCUUUCUGCAUAGUUUCCCAGGAGUACCUGCAGAAUAAUGUUCUCAAU